AUGUACAUCUGCGACCAUUGUGAUCGCGGCUUCGUUGAGAAACGCAACUUAAUCCUCCAUUUAAAAGUCCACGAUGAAUAUUUCACUCAGCCGCAGCAACAGUAUAAAUGUAUAGCCUGCGACACCAGUUUCUGUGAGGAGAGAUUACUGAAAUACCAUAUAAGGAAGAAGCAUUUCAAUUUUCAAGAAAAUGAACCAACUUUUGUUCAAAAACAACUGAAUGAGACCUGGGUAGAACGCGUUCUAGAAUCAGAAGUUUGCGUCGAGAUGACAAAGGUAAACAACAACAUUUUAAACAUUAAAAAGAUUCCAAAAUCAAAUGCUUUAAAAAUAACCACAGACAACGUAGAGGCCAAUAGAUUUAAGGAGUAUAUGUCUUCAGUGAUCGCAAGCAAAGAUAAGUCUCAGUAUUCCAAAGCUAUUUGUGAUUAUUGUAACAAGGAGAUGUUGAAAAAGAGUUUGAUUGCUCACAUCAGGGAGAGGCAUACACGGUCAAAGCAGUUUUACUGUGAGCAGUGUAAACAAGGGUUCAAUAGACAGUAUCAGAUGGUAAAUCAUAUUUGUGGCAAAUAUAAAAAUAGGAUUAAGAAACAAUUAUGUUAG